AAGCCCCGGCGCGGGUGCGUCCCGGUGACUCAGCCCUUGCCAGGAAGGGGGAGUCCACCCCGUUUCCAGAGCUCCCACACAGCAGCCUGAUCGCUGCUGGCUCCCGGGGCGCCAGGCCAGGUCCCCGCAGCAGGCGGCCCGGCCCCGGGAGCAAGACCCCCUCCUCCCGGUCUGGGGCUCCCUCUUUAAGCUGCAGCCACCUGGGCUCGUCGCGGGGACACGGGCGAGAGCGCCGCGGACGCCGUGGGGGCCACGGCGGUCCUGGCCACGACGGCGCCGCGAGGACCUUCGAGCGCAGUUCUGAGCCGAUGUCCCAGGUGAGUGGCCAGAGCCCCCCUCACUGCGACGCGUCCCAUGAAGCCCCCAGCACAGCACCGGGCCCAGCCCAGACCCCAUCCCUCCUGCCUGGGCUGGAGGUAGGAACAAGAUCCACUCACCCUACGGAGGCAGCGCUAGAGGAGGGCUCCCUGGAGGAAGUGGCACCCCCCAUGCUCCAAGGCAAUGGCCCUGGGGCCCCCCAGGCCUUGGACAGCACUGACCUCGAUGUCCCCACAGAAGCUGUGACACGUGUCCCUAAGGCCCACCGGAAGUUGCAAUCACACCCAUCUCUUGCCAGCCAGGGCAGCAAGAAAAGCAAGGGCAGCACCAAAUCGGCUGCCUCCCAGAUCCCUCUCCAGGCGCAGGAAGACUGCUGCGUCCACUGCAUCCUGUCCUGCCUGUUCUGCGAGUUCCUGACGCUGUGCAACAUUGUCCUGGACUGCGCCACGUGCGGCUCCUGCAGCUCUGAGGACUCGUGCCUCUGCUGCUGCUGCUGCGGCUCCGGCGAGUGCGCCGACUGCGACCUGCCCUGCGACCUGGACUGCGGCAUCCUGGACGCCUGCUGCGAGUCUGCCGACUGCCUGGAGAUCUGCAUGGAGUGCUGUGGGCUCUGCUUCUCCUCCUGACCCGCCGAGGUCCCAGCAGUGUCAUCCCAGGGGGGAUGGCUCCAGGGCUGUCAUGCAAAGCUCCAUCAGCCCCCUCCCCUGGUCCUGUCUCCUCACCACCCCCAGUGCCCUCUCAGAACCCCAGCCCAGUGAGAAGAGGGCACACUCCGGAGGCCACGGUCACAAAAGCUGGGCCCACUACAGAGAGCCUGUCCUGCUGCUGGCUACCAGGGACAGACCGGCACCGAGGACCUCGCUGGGGAGGGCUAGGGUGGGAACUGCCCCUGGACUAGCUGCCAGGGCUGCAGAACACUGUGAAAGUUGGGGGAGGCGGCAGGAACAUGGGGAGGCAGGGAUGGGCGGGGCUGUGUGCUUCUCUACCUCUCACUGCUCCAGGUGCCUGCCUCCUGAUGCCACCCCAGGCUUAAAGGACAGCAAAAUGUGAAAAGAGACACCCCACCCUGCCCUCAGCCAAGCCCCUCCCCGGUCUCCUUUCCUGGGUCCUUGUCGGGGCCUGACCCAUACAGUGACCCGAGCAGGCAGGGCUGGGCUUGGACCUGGGGCGAGGCGGAGGGAAAAUGAUAUAGAAAAGACUGGAAGGAGACAGAGAGGGAAUGGAGGGAGGGUCUUGUUCUAUUUGUUGCUGUAAAUAAAGGUAUUUGUUCAUCUCAGA